GGAUGAUCGGAUAAAGGUGCAGCGGCUGAGGCAGAGGAGCUCACAGCAACCCGUUGUCUUUAAAACCUGUUGCGGUUCCCUGAAGAAGAGUUGAUGUGGGGUUCUAAGCUUCCUUCCACGCUGAUGUGUGCAGAGAAUAAGCAAAAUGCUUCCUGCUCCAGAAGUUGCAGAAAAUGAACACCUUUCCGUGUGAGUCCGCAGCAACCAUGCAUGACCUGGUGGCAGACCUCCAAGCUAAUGUCACCUGCAACUGCUCCUUGGUCACUUCCAACUGGACAGCCGGGGAGGACGUCCCACAGCUGCCCACGUUCACCACAGCAGCCAAAAUCAGAGUCAUAAUUACUUUUAUCCUCUGUGGCACAUCAGCCUUCUGCAAUCUGGCAGUGCUGUGGGCGGCACACAGAGAUGGGAAACGGAAAUCCCACGUUAAGGUGUUGAUUGUCAACCUGACCAUGGCUGAUCUGCUGGUGACGUUCAUCGUGAUGCCCGUGGAUGCUGCGUGGAACAUCACAGUCCAGUGGCUUGCUGGAGACUUUGCGUGCAGGCUGCUGAUGUUUCUGAAGCUGCUGGCGAUGUACUCCUGUGCUUUUGUCACAGUGGUGAUCAGUCUGGAUAGGCAGUCAGCCAUCCUCAACCCUCUGGCAAUCAAUGAGGCCCGCAUGAGGAACAGGAUCAUGCUUGCUGUGGCGUGGGGUAUGAGUGUUAUGCUUUCAAUCCCUCAGAUCUUCCUUUUUCACAAUGUGACCAUCAUCCAUCCUGAGGACUUCACCCAGUGCACGACAUGGGGAAGCUUUGCCACUCGUUGGCAUGAGACGGCCUACAACAUGUUUACCUUUUCCUGCCUGUUCCUGCUGCCGCUGGCCAUCAUGAUCACCUGUUACACCAGGAUCUUCUGUGAGAUCUCCAAGCGACUGAAAAAGGACCACUUGCCAACCAAUGAAGUACGUCUGAGGUGUUCCAAAAAUAACAUCCCCAAAGCCCGGAUGAGAACAUUAAAAAUGAGUGUUGUGAUUGUCUUGUCUUUCAUCAUCUGCUGGACUCCGUACUACCUGCUGGGCCUCUGGUACUGGUUCUUUCCCGAUGACCUGGAGGGUAAGGUGUCCCAUUCGCUGACCCACAUCCUGUUUAUCUUUGGGCUUGUAAACGCCUGCCUGGACCCAGUAAUCUACGGCCUGUUCACCAUCCAUUUCAGAAAGGGGCUCCGGAGGUAUUACGGUAAUGCACCCUCCACAGUGGACGUAGAGAAUACCAUCGUUACGAGUGGAUCUUUCACUUCUCCUGCCAUGUCUUUGUGUCUGAGAAGAGAGUUCAGCAGUCAGGAAAAACUGGUGGUUUGCAGCGACAGCUUCAGGAAAGCAGAACCACCCUCACUAAAUAGCAGCUUUCUGAUUGAGGACAGAGAUCUCCAGCAGUCCAGUCCUGAGAGCAUCUUAUGAGAAACAUGAUGA